AUGCGCCUCGUCGCAUUGACGCUGCUGCUCGUCGCCGCGGUUUCCGCGCGGACGCCGGGCAUCUUCCAGGCCGAGGUGCUCGCGCUGGAGAACUGCAGCUGCGUGGCCCAGUUCGGCGGCGGCCCUCUGAGCCGGCUCUACAACCUCGACGCGCGCAACGCGGCGCGGAGCGGCCUGAACCACCAGUACAGCAACCUCAAGGCCGUCCUCGGCGAGGGCCUGGGCCUCGGGCGCGCCGUGCUCCUGGGCCCGCCGCCGCUCACGCUGAACCACAACUUCGGCCUCCCGUUCCUCUACCACCGGUGGUCCGACUUCCUGUCCUUCGAGCGGUCGACGUUCCGCGUCGUCGAGCAGCGCCGGACGGUCUGCGAGGGCGCCCUCGCGUCCUGCGUCGCCGACGUGUCCACGGCCCAGCUGUCGCGGCUUUUGGCGGACGACCACGGCGCGCUGCUCUACCACGACGGCGCGGCGCCGGACGCGCUCAACGCGGCGCCGGGGCUGCUCCAGCGCAGGCCCGGCCCGAAGAAGAACCACGUCUCCGACAGCCUCAAUCUCUUCCGGAAGCUGCCGGACCUCACGGACUUUCUCGCGCGGCAUCGGUUGGUGGCGACCUUCGCGGCGUCGGACACGGUCCUCGACGCCGUGCCGCCCGUCGCCGCGCGCCUGAAGGCGCUGUCCACGACGGGCCGCGUCGCCGUCGUCCACUGCCGGCGGGGCGACAAGCUCGAGCGGGCCAAGUACUGCCCGGCGCAGAUGGAUCGCGCGACGUCGCCCGCGCGCAUCGCGGCGCUCCUCGCGGAGUUCGGCGUCGAGCCCGGGUCGUCGGUCUACCUCAUGUCCAACGACCGCAACCUGACCCACUUCGCGCCGCUGGCGACGGCGUUCGGCUACCCCUUCCUCACGCAGGUCGACUUCCCGCACCUCGCCGCGCUCCUCGCGGCGUGCGGCGGCGGCGGCGGCGGCCUCUGCGAGAACUACAUGCUCUACGCCAUGGAGAACGAGAUCAUGCGGUCCGUGCCGCGCAAGUACCGCUUCGUGACGCUGCCCAAGGCCGACAUGGACCACAACCCGACGACGCUCUUCGCCGCGUUCUCCGCGGAGCGGCCGCGAGAAGUACCGUACUACCCGGGCAAGAUCGGCCGCGACCGCGGCGACGGCACCUACGACAUCGACUACGACGACGGCGAGAAGGCGACGCGCGCCACGAACACGGUGCUCCACGACCGGCGCUACUACGUCGACAAGGUCUGCGAGGCCCCGAAGCGCCUCGACCCGGACACGCUCGAGCUCUGCGAGUCGGAGGACGAGGACGAGCUCCCCCCCGUGCGCGCGACGAACGCGGCGCUCCACGACAAGCGCUACUACGAGAAGAUCGUCUGCGAGGCGCCGAAGCCCAUCGCCAAGGUGCCGAACCCGAAGCUCGCGCCCGUCGUGAGCACGGAGGACGUCCGGGACCUGCGGAUCACGCUGCGAGACGCGGACAAGGACCAGGGCAAGAAGGUCCGGCUCAACCUCCAGUGGCAGCGCAAGCCCUGCGCGAAGCUCGUCGAGGUGCUGGGCUGCGACGAGCCCUGCGCGCUCAAGGUCGUGCUCGGCGAUUCGCUGCGCAUGGACGACCGCAUGGGCGCGGUGCUGCGCGACGGCGACGUCGUCGAGCUCACGCGGAAGACGCCCGAGGAGAUCCUCGCGGACGCGAGCGACGCGCCCGUCGUCGAGGACGUCUCCGCGGGCCUCGCGCGACGGGCGGCCCUCGAGGCCCGGGCCGCCGAGGACGACGCGAAGCGCGCCGCGGCGGCGGAGGCGCGCGAGGCGGGCAACGCGGCCUUCAAGGACGGGCAGCUGGAGCGCGCCCACGCGCUCUACGCCCGGGCGACGCUCCUCGACGCGACGGACGCCCGGUCCUGGGCGAACCUCGCGGCCAUCGCGCUGCGCUGGGACGACCCCGCGGCCGCGGAGCGCGCGGCCGCGAUGGCCGUCGAGCACGCGGAACCCGGCGACCCCGUCGGCAAGUGGCGCUUCCGCCUCGGCCGCGCGAAGCACGGCCGGCGCGACUACGACGGCGCGUUGGCGUGCUUCGACGACGCGCUCCGAUCGCCGGACUUCGCCGAGGGGUCCGCGCUGCUCCGCGACCUGCGCAACGCGAAGAAGUGCGCCGAGGCCGCCAUCGCCAAGCUCCGGACCUACGUCGUCUGGGACGAGUCGACGAGUUUGGCCAUGCUCCCGGUCGCCGCCGCGCCGCGGACCGUGUGCCUCCGGGCGCGCGUCGACGUUUUCGACGGCGGCGCCCUGUUCCACUACGGCGACCCGAUCGUGAACGGCGGGUCCUUCAUCCUGAAGACGCAGGCGGAGGACGGCAAGAUGAAGCUCAAGCUCGGCGGCAACCGGGACCUCGACGACGUCGCCGUGAACGGCGACGGGGCGUGGCACCACUACUGCGCCGCCUACGACGCCGCGGCCCGCGCGAGCCUCUACGAGGACGGCGUGCUCCUCCAGUCCGAGGAGGUCGAGCUCGACACCGCGUCCGCGGUCGGCGCGCCUCCGCAGUCGGCGCGGCUCCACGUCAUGGCGGGCCAAGACACGAAUAUGCAAGGCGAAGCCUACUGGCAGUACCUCCGCGGCGCCGUCGACGACCUCCGCAUCUACGACGUCGCCCUCGACGCCGCGGGCGUCGCGGCCGUCGCCGCGGACGUCCUCGCGCCCGACCCCCCCCCGCUGGUCGCGCACUACUCCUUCGACGACGGCACGGCCACCGAGGACAGCGACAGCAGCCUCGACGGGACCAUCACCGGCGCGACAGCGACGACGGGUCUGUUUGGGAGCGGCGCGCUGUCCUUCGACGGGUCGAACGACUACGUCGAGUUCCCCUCGGCUGUGACCUCGGACAUCCUCGGGAGCAGCGCGCGGACCGUGUGCUUGUGGGCGGUCAUCAAUUCCUUCGGCGGCGACGGGGGCCUCUUCGACUACGGGGCUUACUCCGACCAGGCGAACUUCGCACUUCGAGUGCACGGCACGAGCGCGAGUCUCUAUGUCGAGCUCUGGGGCGGCGACACGGGAGUGGCGCUGUCGGGGUCCGACGACGGCGGCUGGCACCACUACUGCCUGACCUACGACGGAUCCGGUUGGGUCCUCUACUUCGACGGGUCGCAGGCGGCGACGGCGACCGCCGCGCUCGAUACGGGCUCGGACCGCCCGCUCCAAAUUGGGCGGUUUGACAGUGAUUACUACCUCGACGGCUCCAUCGACGAGGUCUACGUCUACGCGAGCGCGCUCGACGAGGCGUCGAUCCAGGUCCUCUACGACGCCGGGUCGACGGCCGCGCCGACGGCCGCGCCGACGACGGCCCCGACGACGGCGCUGCUGGCGGCGGGCGUUCGCUACUCGUUCGACGCGGUCGCGGGCGCGAGCGUUCCCGAGGCGUCGGGGGAGCCCGCGCUCGCGGGGACGAUCGUCGGCGAGCACGCGCUCGCCGUCGGCGUCGACGGCGGCGGCGCCGUCGACCUGUCCGGCGGCCACGUCGAGUUUCCCGCGGAGGUCACGAGCGGCGUCCUCGGCUCCGCGCCGCGGACGCUGUGCCUCUGGGCGCUCCGGCGCGGCGGCGGCGCCCUCGCGUCCUACGGCGGCGACGACGACGGCCCCACCGGGUCGGCCUUCGGUCUGGGCUUCACGGGGGACGCGUUCGAGACCUGGUUCCGGGGUGACACGCGGACUCACGUCGCCGUGGUCGCGGGCGAGGGCGCCUGGCACCACUACUGCCUCGCCUUCGGCGCGGCCGAGGGCGCCACGCUCUACUUCGACGGCGACGUCGCCGGCGCGCACGCGCCCGCCGAGCCCCUCGUUACGCUGGACGACGAGCCGCUCCGCGUCGGGGCCUGGACCAAGGCCGGCUACGAAUUCGACGGCGUCGUCGACGGCUUCGAGCUCCACGAAGUGGCCCUCGGACCGGCACGCGUCCGCGCGCUCUACGAGUCGACGACGGCUGUGAUGCCCCCGUCCGCGGCUCCGUCCUCCGCGCCCACGAUCGCGCCGACGGCCGCGCCCUCGACGUCGCCGACGCCCGCGCCGACGGCCGCGCCCUCGACGUCGCCGACGGUCUCGCCCACGAUCGCGCCGACGGCCGCGCCGACGGUGGGCCCGACGGCGUCGUCGCUCACGAUCACGAGCGUCGGCGCCGGAGACACGUGCGUCGCGAACCUCGCGUGCGAGGUCACCUGGGACUACGUCGGCGACCCGAGCAAGUGCCCGACGAUCGAGGCGGUGUUGAAGGACAGCGCCGGCAGCGACGUCGCCAGGCAGAUCCUCGAGAACGACGGCGUCAACGAGCACGUCGUUCCCGGCGACGCGCUCGUCAACGAGUACACGAUGACGCUCACGUGCGAGGACGACUCGUCGCUGACGUCGUCCUACGCCUUCGAUGUGUCCUUCACGCCCGCGCCGACGGCCGCGCCCACGAUCGCGCCGACGGCCGCGCCGACGGCGGAUCCGUCCGCGGCGCCCACGAUCGCGCCGACGUCCGCGCCCACGGCCGCGCCCACGGCCGCGCCCACGAUCGCGCCGACGUCCUCGCCAAGCCCGCGGCCGAGCGCUCUGCCGACCGCGCGGCCGAGCGCUCUGCCGAGCCCGCGGCCGACGCCGCCGCCGAGCCCGCGGCCGAGCGCUCUGCCGACCGCGCGGCCGACGCCGCCGCCGAGCCCGCGGCCGACGGCGCCGCCGACGCCGUCGCCGACGGCGAUCCCUACCGCUUCCGUCGAGAGCGGCGCCUUCGAGUUUGAGGAGGCGACCUCGAAGCCCUCGGGGUCGCCGACGCGGCGGCCGACGCGCCCUCCCACGCCGCGGCCGUCCGCGCGGCCGACGUCGAGGCCGACGAAGGCGACGCCCUUCCCGAGCGCGCGCCCGUCGCCGAAGCCGACCCACCAGCCGACGCCAAUCCCGUCGGAGCCGCCGAGCCCGCGACCGACGCCGGUCCCGACGGCGCGGCCGACGCCGGUCCCGAGCCCCUGGCCGACAGCGAAGCCGACGGCGAAACCGACGGCGGCGCCGUCGCCGGGCGUCGCCGAGGACUCCGCGGCGCCGUCGCCGCGGCCGACGUUCGGCCCGACGCCGCGGCCGACGGCGGCCCCCGCGCCGCGGCCGACGGCCGCGCCGACGCCGCGGCCGACGCCGGAGCCGACGACGCCCGCGCCCACGGUGCUCCCGGGCAACCCGACGGCCGCGCCGCAGCCGGCGCCGACGGCGGCGCCGUUCGCGUGCGCGCCGCGGCGCCCCGCGAUCGCCGCCGCGGCGCUCUCGUCGUCGCUCGGGACCAUCGCCGUGACGCUCGACGCGCCGAGCGACCGCGGCGGCCGCGGCGGCGGCGAGGCGUUCCCCUGCGGCGGCGUCGUCGACGUGCCGGGCCCCACGGAGUCGUGCGCGUUCAGCGGCGAGGCCGCGGUGACGGUGACGCUCGGCGCCGGCGCGAGCGUCGUCCCCGGCGACGCGAUAUCGCUCGUCGCCGGCGCCGUCGGGCCCGCGCUGCCCCUCUGCGCGGGCGCCGGGCCCGCGGAGGCGACGGCCGCGGUUCUCGCGGCGCCGGACCCGGCCGUCGCGCCGCGCGUCGUCCUCGUCGCGCCCCUCGAGGCCGGCUCCUGCGGCGACCUCGAGCUCGACGCGUCGCAGACCGCGGGCGGCGGCGGCCGGCCCCUGGCCUUCGCGUGGUCCGCGACGGGCGCGCUCGGCGCCGCGGCCGCGGCCGCGACGGGCGCGACGCUCGUCGUCGCCGCGGCGGACCUCGCCGCCGCCGCGGGGACGACGGUGGACGUCGAGGUGGCGGCGACGAACUUCCUCGGCGAGACGUCCGCGGCGACGGCGUCGGUCCGAGUCCGCGGCGAGGCGAUCCCGACCGUCGCCAUCUCCGGCGGCGCGCGCCGCGAGCUCCGGCGGUCCGAGCCCCUCGAGGUCUUCGCGUCGGCCGAGGCCUGCGCGGCCGCGGGCCUCGACAGCGCCGCGCUCGACUACGCCUGGGCCUGGGACCGCGCGGGCUGGCCCGCGAGCCGGAGCCUCAACCCGCGGAGCUUCUCCCUCGAGGCGUACGACGCGCCCGCGGACGCGCCGGGGUCGUCGGCGACGCUCGCCGUGACCGUGACGGACGCGUCCGGCGUCGCGGCGCGGGCGUCCGUCGAGCUGGCCUUCGUCCGGUCCGACGUCGUCGCCGUCGUCGCCGGCGGCGACCGCGUCGCGGCGGCGGCGGCGACGGUCCGCCUCGACGCGUCCGCGUCCGGCGACCCGGACGCCGACGGCGGCGGCGGCGUCGACGUGGCGUGGAGCUGCGACGUCGGCGGCGCGCCCUGCGCCUUCGACGUCGCGCCGGGACCCGUCGCGGAGCUCGCGGGCCUCGCGCCGGGCGCCUACGCCUUCGCGGCGACGGCGACGGCGCCCGACGGCCGGUCCGCGACGUCCGCGCCCGUCGCCGUGCGCGUCGUCGCGGACCCCGCGCCCUGCGUGUCCGUCGACGCCGUCGCGGGGGGCGACCGGCUCGACGCGGACGCGGGCGUCACGGUGACGGCGCGCGUCGACCCCUGCGGCGGCGGCCCCGUGGACUGGUCCUGGGCCGCGCCCGGCGCCGUCUUCGACGGCGCGGCGGACCUCGCGGCGGCGGCGGCCGUCGCGACGCGCGGCGCGGCCGCGGCGCCGGGCGACGUCGUGCUCAAGCUCGGCGCGGGCGUCCUCGUGGCCGGCGGCGCCUACGCGCUCGAGCUCUCGGCGCGCUUCGCCGACGGCUCCGGCGCGGCCGCGUCGUCGACGGUGGCGCUCGCCGUCAACGCGCCGCCGUCCGGCGGGUCCGUGGCCGUCGCGCCGGCGGCCGGCGAGGCGCUCGCGACGGCCUUCGCGAUUCUCGCGGAGGGCUGGGUCGACGCCGCGGGCGACGGCCCGCUCCGCUACGCGUACGCGUACCGCGCGCCCGGCGCCGGCGCGCGGCCCAACGUGCUCGCGGCGGACCUCCUCGAGCCGGAGCUCCGCGGCGUCGUCCUGCCCCAGGGCGACGAGCCCGACGGCUACGGUCUGGUCGUCGCCGUCCGCUGCCGCGACGCGCACGGCGCGGCCGCGAGCCGCGAGACGACGAUCGUCGUCGAGCCGUCGGCCAUGGGCGCGGCGGAGCUCGGCGCCUACGCCGAGGACCGGCUCGCGGCGGCGCUGGAGACGACGAACACCGAGGCGGCCCACGAGGCGAUCCUCGGCGUCGCGCUCACGCUCGCCGCGGGCGACCGCGCGCGGCGGCGGCGGCGCCGCCUCGACGACGCGGGCUGCGCGAACGGCGUCGCCGCGGGCGACGCCUGCGCCUGCGACGCCGGCUGGCACGGCCCGGCCUGCGACGUCGACGCCGACGACUGGGCCGCGACGACGGCGCUCACGGCCGCGCUCCUCGCCGGCUUCGAGGCGACGAUGGAGACGCAGACGCCGAACGGCGCGGCGGCGCUCCAGCAGAGCUCGACGCUCGCCGCGCUCGGCUCCGACGCCGUCGACAGCCUCGACGCCGACGGCCGCGAGGGCGCGCUGAGCGCCGCGCGGACCGUGUCCGUCGUCGCGGAGAACACGCUCGGCGACGGCGAGGCCGCGAGCGGCGCGACGUCGCGGAACGUCGUCGGCACGCUGAGCUCGCUCAUCGGCGCGGGCGUCUUCCCGCCGGCGAACGCGACGGCCAACGGCACGUCCCCGCGGGCCGCCGCGGCGCGCGCGCGGCAGCGCGCGCUCGCGACGCGCGUGCGCCGCAAGGCGAAGCCCCGGGCCCGGCGGCGGCGCCUCGCGGGCGCCGGCGACGCCGCCGGCGGCGGCGCGUACGGCGACCUCGUCGACGCCGUCGACGCCGUCGCGCUCGGCGGCCUCGGCGGCAAGGUCCGGGGCGAGGCGCCGACGGAGGUCGCGUCGGCGGAGGUGAGCGUCGCGAGCGGCGUCGUCGAGGGGUCGCUCGCCGCGCCGCGGCGGCCCGGCGCGGCCGGCGCCGCGGGCGUCGACCUCGGCGGCGGCGAACCCGUCGAGGCGACGCUCGCGGAGCUCAACGUCGAGCUCCACGGCGCGCGCCUGUCGACGCCCACGGUGCGCUUCGAGGUCAUGGGGUCCGCGGGCGGCGGCGACUUCUUCAUCGUUCUGCCGCACGAGCCGCCGCUCGACCUCGACGCGGCCGCGGCCGCGCUCAUCCGCGCGGACUGCGGCAACGCGACGGACGUCGCGGCGGCGCAGGCCGCGGCGGACGCGGCCUGCGGCGCCGGCGCCAACGUCACGGCGCUCUGCGCGGACGCGCGCCUCGCCGCCGACGACGACUACGCCUUCGACGACGACGCGUUCCUCGCGGAGCUCGCGGCGGCGACGGCCGGCGCCGUCGAGGUCAACUGCUCGAGCGCCGCGACGGCGCGCUGCGACCGCGACGCCGCGUCGUCGCGGCGCGCCUGCGACGUCGCGGCCGUGACCGCGGAGAACACGACGUGCCGCUGCGCGGCGGCGCUCGCCGAGGAGCCCGCGGACUACGGCUCCGCGGCGGACGUCGCGACGUCCUACUUCGCGUCCGCGUUCAAGGCGGGCGCGACGACGCAGGUCAUCACGCAGAACUUGCUGCUCAUCUACACCUACGCGACCAUGGCGGGCAUCUGCGCGCUCGUCGCGCUCUGGGGGCGGCGCGCGGACGCGCGCGACGCGGCCGGCGCCGCGGCCGCGCGCGCGGCGCACGCGGCGCGCCUCGCGACGACGACGCCCGGCGAGCGGCUCGUCGGCGUCGCGCCCGGCACGCCCGUCGACGCGGCGGACGCGCACCUCGCGCUCGUCCACGCGUCGCUGCCGGCGUCCGCGACGGUCCUGGUCGAGCGGCCCUACCGCUACUGCGCGCGGCUGCUCUGGAAGAAGCACUCGUGGCUCAAGGUCUUCUCCUGCUACGACCCGCAGAUGUCGCGGGGGCUGCGGAGCGUCGUCUGGGCCUUCAACGUGCUGAGCAUCAUGGUCACGCAGGCCGUCAUGUUCUGGUUCGCGUUCCCGACGGGCAUCUGCGACCCCGACGAGCCCCUCGGCCGCGACGAAUGCCUGCAGAUGGAGUCGAUCUUCGGCGACGGGGGGAAGAUGUGCAUGUUCAUCGACCCGCCGGAGGUCGUCGAGCCGGGCCUGGACCGCUGCCAGCUCGCGCCGCCGGGCUCCGCGGCGAUCACGAUGCGGCGCGUCGUGCUCAUCUUCGCCGCGUGCGCCAUCGCGCUCCCCUGCCAGUUCCUCUUCGAGCUCGUCUUCAUCCGCUACGCCUGCGCGCCCCUCAAGAAGGCCGGCGACGACGACGACGACGGCGAGGCCUACGAGGACGAGGACGAGGCGCGCGAGCGGCGCGAGGACGGCGGCCUCCGGGUCGCCGGCGACGUGCUCCUGCACCGCCUCGGCUGCCGCGACCCGCUCACGGACGACGGCGACGGCGACGAGGGCAACGCUUUGCUGUCCAAGAAGACGCUCGAGGUCGUCUACGAGACCCUCGGGGGCGGGCCGCGCUACUUCGCGCUGCUCGCCGUCGCGCCGGCGUGCUGCGGCGUCGUCUGGCGCCGCCGGGAGGUGCUCGACGCCAUCGACGCGCUCGACUACCACGACCGGCGCGAGCGCGCGGACCUCGAGUGGCUGCUCCGAAAGCUCGAGCGGCGCUGGCGGUGCCAUCCGAGCGCGCGGGACUGGAAGGAGGCCUUCGUGGCCAAGACGGCGCACGUGCUCGAGACGAACAUGCGCGUCGCCGCGCAGUGGAACGCGCGGCUCGCGGCCGUCGACGACCCGGCCGUCAAGUGCCGCCUCUGCUACCAGCUGCUGCGCUACGAGCUGCUGGGCAAAUUCGAGCGCAAGAUCUUCGAGCUCGAGCUCGCGGCCGACGGGUCCUUCUCGGACCCGCACGCGACGCCCAAGCCCAUCGCGCCGCCCGUGACGCGGUUCCAGCGGUGGGUCCUCGGGUACGGCGUCACCGCGUUCGCGUUCGCGUACCCGUCCUACUUCCUCCUCAUCUUCGGCCUCCAGCAGGGCAAGAAGAUGACGCUGGCCUGGUGGUGGUUUACCAUGUUCUUCAUCUUCUUCAACGUCUUCACCGUGGAGCCGCUGCGCAUCUUCCUCAUGCGCGUCACGCUGCCGUCGUUCAUCACGCCCAAGGUCCUCCAGGCCUUCGACCCGACGCGGUUCCGGCUCCACUUCCGGACGCCGCUCAGCGUCGAGGCGUCGGACCUGCUCGACCCCGACGAGCUCGCGCUGGCCUUCAAGGGCGGCGGCGACUUCGCGCGGCUCCCCGGCCGGCUCCGCGCCGUCGCGGGCCACCGCGCGUACCUCGACGAGCGGCGGCCCGUCGGCGCGGCGCGGCGCCGCGCGCGCGCGUCGCGGACGCGGCAGCUCCUCGCGGCGCUGAGCGACUGGAGCCGCCAGGGCGUCGGCGACCAGGUGGCCCACUGGCGGCACCAGGUCCGCGACGUCGCCGUCGGCUCCGUCGACGCGAUGGUCGCGUCGUCCGCGAAGCACGGCGACGGCAACCGCGCGUACCGCGAGAGCCACCCGCGCUGGGGCGGGCGGAGCAUCGCCGCGCUGCGGGCCGAGUUCGAGUUCCACCCGCCCUACCACUACUUCCUCCUCAUGGCGCUGACGGCGACGCUCGUCGUCAUCCCCAACGACAUGCGCGACCUCGUGCUUAAGGAGCUCGUCGCAAUCACGGCCAUCUUCGCGUCGACGGCGGCGGUCAGCCUGCUCGUCUUCUUCGAGGGCGUGAACGCGGCGAUCAACGACGCCGCGCCGGGCCUGAGCCAGAUCCUCCUGGGGCUGCUCUUCGUCGCGGGUCUGGUCGUCGCGGGCCUCGAGUCGUUCCGCGGCCAGCGGCGGCUCCUGCGCGCCGCGGCGGCGGCGCUCGACGGCGAGGCCGCGGCGAAGCACGCGCGCGCGGACGCGGCGGCGGACCUCUACGACGGCCACGACCUCGACGCGCACGAGGUCGAGCUCGUCCGCGAGUUCGAGAAGGAGCGCGAGCUCGACGCGUUCGAGCCCGACUCGGACAGCGACUGGGACGAGGAGGGCAAGGAGGCCGACGCCGCGGCCGCGCCGGAGACGACGAUCGUCUUCGAGGACGGCGGCGCGCGCCGGGCCGCGGCGCCGGCCGGGGCCGCGGCGCCGGCCGGGGCCGCGGGCCGCGAGGGCGAGCGGGAGGACGACGCCGGGGCCCGGCCGCCGGCGCCGCUCGACGCCGGGGACCGGCUCCGGCGCGACCUGAGCCGCGAGGCCGGCGCGGCCUUCGCCGCGUCCCAGGCGCGCCACCGCGCGGACGACGUCGCGCGCGCGGCCGCGGCGGCCUUCGCCGCCGCCGCGGUCUUCUUCGUCGCGACGGGCGUCGACACGGACGCGGGGGACGACGGCACGGACGCGGACCAGCGCAAGAAGGUCCACCCGUUCAAGACCUGCUCCUCGACCGCGCGCUGGGCCUUCGGCAAGCUUGUCUCGUCCUUCCGCCAGCAGCUCGUCUUCUUCAUCCGCGAGAUGCGCGCGUUCGGGCUGUCCAACUAAGCUCCCCUUUCGUGUGGCGGAGUCCCCUUCGGGCCCCGGGCUCGAGCGCCGUGGUUUUAUUUCUCGGGCACGU